AUGGCACCAAACUUGCAAAACCAUGACCAAUCACCUGGUGCAGGGCCUGCCAAGAGCGCCGACUCACAAGGCCCUAACCCUAGUCAUCAAUCGUUCCCGGCCGACGAGGAUUUCAUCGACAUCAACCACACCGACAUCGACAUGCCCGAUCAUGCGACCGACGGUGACAAGGUUCAUUCUUCUCCAUUAGAUCUGCACCGCUACGGCAACAACAUUCGCGACGUGGACGACAUUGGUGACGGCGAAGACGAUUCAGAGGAUGAUGACCACGAUCCUAUGGCAAAUCACUCACUGUUGAACAUGCUGACUGGAAGAUUGGGCGGCCGUCGCCGUGGUUCGACUCACAAAUGGGAUCGUCUCCAUCCCGAAAACCAAGCAUUGUCUGUUUCCGACGUUGACCAGUGCUCCAGACUCGAAGAAGACGCAUUCCCGCCUGAGGAACGGGCAAGCCGAGAAAAAAUUUUGUAUCGCCUGACAAGAUGUCCUGAACUGAGCUUAGGUCUGUUUACCCAGCCUACCAAGGCAGAGGCUGAAGAAUCAUCUACACCUGCUCAGCGACGCCUCAUUGCGCACGUCGUAUCGACUCGCACCCCUGCGCCGAGUGUCACUGAAGCAUCCAUGGCAAUUCCGGCGAACUGGAAGACCAGACGCUCAUCUCUUCCGAGUAUCGAUGACACUGAAGAACCUCUUGGGCACCAGGACCAAGGAGGCACGAUUUGUAUCCAUUCAGUGGCCGUCGCACCGGAGUUUCAGAAAAUGGGCCUCGGCUCGAUUCUCAUGAAGUCCUACAUUGCACGAAUCAAAGAUUCGAAAUCGGCGAAACAAUUGGCUCUCCUCGCCCAUGACCACCUGGUUCCAUUCUACAAGGGCCUAGGGUUCGAGAACAUGGGGCCUAGUGCAGUCACGAGCCACGGGGGUAACUGGAAUAGCAUGAUCCUAGAGUUCUCUUACGACGAUGAGGAGUAA